AUGGGCUGCUACCAUCACGGCGGCACGGGCAGCGACAACGCGCAGGCGCAGCAGCAGCAGCAGCAGCAGCAGGAGGAGGAGGAGGAGGAGGAGCGGUUGCUGCUGGCUCCGCGUCCCCUCUACGGGCCGGUCAAGGCGACGAUGCUGGCCGACGGACACGCCGUCGCGGCGGGCCUGGUGGUCGCGGCGGUGCUGGGGAACCACGUCCGCAGGGUGCUGGCGCCCUGGCUCGGCCAGUUCCUGUGGUGGCAUCCGGUGCAGGCGAUGAGGCUUGCCAGGGGCAGCACGGCGCACUUGUUCAUCGAGCAGCAGGUGCUGGCCGCCACCGACGCCGCGACGUUGGGCUUCUGGGCGCUGCAGACUAUUGCGCUGGCGGCCACAAAGGCGCUUCUUCGACACCGCCUGCUGACCGAUGCUACCACCACCACUACCACCAUCACCGCUUCCGCCACUGGCCUGACAAAACCCAAGAGCCAAAGAGGCAAGGGUUUUGCUAGUGGUGGUGGUGGUGGUGGUGGUGGUGGUGGCCGCAGCAGCAGCAGCAGCAGCAGCGCAGGGCCAAGAGCCGCGGCAAUGCGGGACACGACAUCAUUCAUGGCAUGCUUGACCGAUUGCUACCGCAUAAUCUACCUAACCCUAUGUAUCAUGCAAGUCGAGUACGCAUAUGCGGAAGCUUGCUGGGCGGCGUCAUGGAUACACGCAGCCACGCACGUCGCUCUCCGAGGAACCACGGCAGAGCAGCUGUUUACGUACCGGCUUCUGACGGGUCAUCAUCAUCAUCAUCAUCAUCAUCACCACCACCACGACCAGCAGCUCGCGCGGACAGAGUCCGACCAAGGUGGCAUGGCGCACUGGCGCGGCGUAUCGCUCACUGCCGGCCUGCUGGUCUGGUGGUCGUGGCGGCACGUCGUGCGCCCCUUGCGCCGUCAUGGCGUCGUGGCGUGGGCAUUUUCGGGUCUGCCUGUCCUCGGCGGCCUGAUUGGUGCUGCCACCGCGCACGUUAUCAAAUAUUCCAAUAAAUACUUUAUAUGGCUGGAAAUGAGCGAGAUGCUGCUGACAUGGGCAUGGUUGCUGCUGGGGUUGGCUUUGGUGGCAGUCUGGAGGUUAUGCGAUGGACGAGAUGCCGAGUGA